ACCUGUCACGUCUAAUCACGUGAACGCAUCGCAGCGUGUGAUAGGCUGUGUGAUCAGGUGACUGGGCGGAGUCAUGAGUAUUACUAGGAGCGACUGCCCCACGUGCCCGUUGAAAGUCCGGUCCUGAGAGGAGAGAGAACCCGGAACAAUGUCCCAGGCUGAUUUUGAUAAAGCGGCGGAGGAGGUAAAGAAGCUGAAGACUCAGCCGACCGACCAGGAGAUGCUGGAGGUCUACGCCCUGUUCAAGCAGGCGACAGUCGGGGAUGUGAACACAGAACGGCCGGGAUUCAUGGACUUUAAGGGGAAGGCAAAGUGGGAUGCCUGGUCUGCAAAGAAAGGUGUCUCCCAGGAAGAUGCCCGGGUGCAGUACAUCAAGGUGGUGGAGGAUCUGAAGUCUAAGUACGGCACCAACUGAAGGAUUAUCGGCUACGACGCUCAGGAGCGGUUUCUCUGUGUUUGUAAUAAACCUGUGUUACUUUU